UGGCCCGCGCACCCGUCACUCAGGCGGUUGUAGUGGGGUCAUUUCAGUCCGGUUUAUAGCAGAGUCAGGUCAUUCACUGUACUUGAAAAAGGCACUAUAAUGGCGGGACGUCUUCUUCUCCGAGCUUGUACAACAACACUGCAGCUGAGGAGCGGCGUGCUGGCCCCGCUGCACCGUUCAAUGGCCACAGUGAGAGGCAUACCAACAGAUGAAGAACAGGCCACUGGGCUGGAGCGCCGUACCCUCCAGGCCCUCAAACAGGGAAAGGACCCUUACAGCAUCCUGAAACCAAAGCACUAUGCUGGUACCAAAGAAGACCCUCACAUUGUGCCAGGCAUUGGAACCAAGAGGCUGGUGGGAUGUCUCUGUGAGGAAGACAACACUGCUAUUGUGUGGUUCUGGCUUCAUGAGGGAGAGGCCCAGCGCUGUCCUUCCUGUGGUUCCCACUAUAAGCUUGUCCAUCACGAGUUGCCCCACUGAUACCAAAACUAACACACAAAGCCCCCAAAUUGGGCAACAACAGACGUGUAUUUGCCUCCUUUAAGGCCAUAUUCUGCAGUGUGUGCACAUCAUUCAACUUGUACAGUUUAUGAUUAAAUUGUGACUUGAAGUGGAAUGUGUUGAUGGGUAUUUUCAUGAGGGAACAGACAGUUAAAAUAUUAAAGGUUAAUUUACUAUAUAA